AUGAAGAAGGAAGAAGCUCAUCGCUUUCAAGCCCGAUUAGUUGGUGGGAAUUUAAUUGAAUUACCGGUGGAACAACUGCGACGUAUUGCAAACACAAGUGGUGUUGAUUCUAUUGAACAAGAAACCAAGCAUUUUUCAUAUAGCACUACUCUUCAUGGUCCAUUACGACUAUACAAAGGAAAAGGUUAUGGAAAGAUUUUCUGGUCAUUGGUAAUGUGCUUUGCUUUAGUAUUUUUAUCAGUUCAAAUAAAUAUAUUGAUAGCAUAUUUUAUGUCACAUCCAACUGCAACAUCAGUAACUUUCGUCCCUGCUGAAGCACUUACUUUACCUGCUGUAACAGUCUGUAACUACAAUCCAAUUACCAAAAGCUAUGUUCAAUAUCUGAAUGAAUCAAGCAGUGGUGCAGGAUACUUUACUUACGAUUUAUUGCGUUAUAUGAUAAUGGCAUAUAGUGAGGUUGAAGAUUUAUAUUUACAUGCAAACUAUGAAACAAUUGAAAAAGGCCGACGAGCUUAUAAUUAUUUUCAAAGUAUUUUCACAGAAUAUCCAUUUAAUAUCGAGAAUUUCUUUGCUCGAGCUGGAUUUGCUUGCCACGAAAUGCUAAAAGUGUGCUCCGUUGGCGGAACUAAUUUAGAUUGUUGUGCCAUCUCACGACAAGUACUUACUGACCUCGGUUCUUGUUUUGUUUUCUCGGUUGAUGAUAUGAAAUUGAAUCAAACUCAACCGGGCAUUUUUAACGGAUUGCAACUUAUUUUGGAUGCUGGAGUAAAUGAUGCUGUGGCUGUGAAUUAUACAGAAGAAGGAAAUACUAUCCCAAUAUUUUCGAAUAAUCUGGAAGAUGGUUUUCGAUUAUAUGUUCGAAAUGAGGAUGAAUUAGCAUAUUCCUACACAGAAGGUCUUUCAGUAUCACCGGCGUAUCGUGCAUAUAUUGCUUUAAAUUUAGAAACUUUCCAUUUUCUUACUCCUGACAAAUGGGGUAAUUGUACGCAUUCAUGGCCUACAAAAUCACCUCGAAGAGCAUUUCGUUUGCCAUACACAUCACAGAAUUGUGCUUCGCUUUGCCAACAGGUUUAUUAUGAACAAAGGAUAAAUUGCACUCCGUUGUUGUACAGUGUUGGUGAUGGUCAGCAUAUAACUUUUUCAGCUCAUUUAAAUACAUGUACACCAAGUGAACUACAUGCAUUCAUGCUUAAAGUUGCUGAUCGAACAAAUAAUAUUAAUGGACCAGAAUGUGCUGAUAAUAUUUGUCCAACAUCGUGUGUAACUCAUGAAUAUAAAGCAUCAAUAACUUAUGGUUACGGAUUUUCGGAAAGUGCAAUGGAUUGGCUUACAAAUAUCAAUGAUACAUGGACUGCAGAACGUAUUAAAGAAAAUUUUGCUGUGGUGAAUAUUUUUUACCGAGAAAUGUCGUAUAUGUUGAACGAACAAAUACAGUCAACUUCUCUUGUAGAUGUUUUAAGUAAUAUCGGAGGAAAUAUGGGAUUAUUUUUUGGAGCAAGCGUAAUAACAGUAAUUGAAUUAGUAAUAUUUUUUUCCAAGUUAGGCUGGAUUGCAUUUUCUAGUAGACGUCGUGAAUAUAUGUUUCAUAAGCGACAAAAAGAACGUGAUCGUGAGCAGCCAGUGAUGGAACUAUCACAAGUAGAGCGAUUAAUCAGCUGGUUCAAGAAAAUUGCUUCUGGUAGAAGCUUUGUUGAACAUGGCAUCAAAAGAGAAGUUUUGCAAAUGAUGGGUGCAACAAAGUUACAUGGAUGUUAUCGUUUAUAUGCUGGCAAAACUUAUGCUCGUUUAUUUUGGUUACUUGUAGCAAUUUCAAUUGGAAUUUUUUUUUUCAUUGUCUUAGUUGAGCUAACAGGUCAAUUCAAAGCAUCCGGCAUCAGCACGCAGGUAGAAAUUGUGUAUGAUUAUGCGGAUGGUCCAUCAAUAACAAUAUGCAGUCAUAAUCCUGUGCGACGCAACUACGUUGAAGAAUUAAAAAGAACAACAUCUUUUUCCGAUGACUUAUCAGUUUAUUUAUUAUAUAUUUUUUUACGCCCAGAAAGUUUGAUAAAAAUGAAUUUGACAACUGAUCUUUUCGCAGGAGAAAAACUUCUUCGAGAUUAUAUGCUGAACUAUUCGAAUUUUACUAUUGCUUCAUUCGUUAGUGAAGCUAGUUUCAAAUGUGAAGAAGCUUUUGUGCAGUGCGCUUUUGAAGGCAUAAUGUUCGAUUGUUGUAAUGAAAGAUAUUCAACAGAAGUAUUUACCGAUCUCGGACAGUGCCUUCAAUUCGACUGGAAGCAGCUCAGCGCUGAUUUCAGUCUUGGUUAUCAUUUUGGAUCUGUUCAUGGGUUUCAAGUGAUGCUUGAUCAUCAGUCGCACAAUACAUUUCAUUUAACGAAUUAUUCUGAUACCGUCAUUCGACAAGCAUUUUUAGACAACUUUGAACCUGGUUUUCGAAUCUAUGUCCAUGAUACAAAUGCCAUUCCACAUACUAAUUCUGAAGUUCUUGUCGUCUCACCCAAUAACAAACUAUCAACAGGAUUAAAGCCUGUCAAGUACCAAUUUUUAGAACGAUCUCGAGGGGGCACUUGUAGCAAUACUUGGCCACCUAAUCUUCAACUUAAUUUAACGUAUUCUGCAUCUGCGUGUAAAAUGGCUUGCAAAGCAAAAUACUUUAUCUCAAACUGCGGUUGCAUUCCACUUCAUUAUGAUACUUUUAAAGAAGGUAAACUUUGUUCUCCGAAAGAGGUUGUUGAAUGUGUGAAAAACUUUCCAGACAUUGCGAGCGUUGUGAGUAACUUCAAUGAUUUACCUUUGUGUCAGAACUGUGCAUCAGAAUGUGAACUUUUUAUCUAUUAUACACAAAAUUCAAUUAUCCACAACAUUCUUACUUCUUUGGGUGAAUAUAUGAGGAAUAUGAAGAAGCAAUAUAGACUGAGUUAUGUCAGGGAUAAUCUGGCAACAGUGCACAUAUUUUUUGCGGCCAAAAAAUAUAAGAUGUACUCGCAAUCGACACUUUCCGAUUUAUCUGAUUAUUUUAGUAAAAUUGGAAGUAAUAUGGGCCUUUUUUAUGGUGCCAGUGUCAUUUCGCUAUUUGAACUAGCUUUAGUCCUAAUCAAAAUAGUCUGGACAUCUACUUUCCCUUCUCGUGCUCUUUAUCUUAAAGGGAAAUCAGAAAAAGAAAUUGAACGAAAGCUACGUAUUGAAGAAAUCAUAAAUGAAUAUUCAGCACCUUGCAGAGUGAUAAGAUCUGCUUCUGAAACAUUUGACGCAAACGAUUGCAUGAUGUCAAGUGAAAAAAUUAGCAUUGAAACAGGCGUUGUUCCAUGGUUGAAAAGAAAACUAUCUCCAUCGUUUUCUGCUUCAUUUCCACCCCCGCAACGAAAAAUUGGUCAAGUGCUAUCGCUGACACUAACACCUGAGCAAGCUAGUGCAAUUUUGGAAGCAGAGACUUUUGUUGAUUCAAUAUACGUUCCAUUAAGAAAAGAUAAAGUGAAUAUUCAUGAUUUUAAUAUCUAA